GUCCUCAUACGGAGGCACUCAAAACAAGCGCCAUAAGAGCAGUCUGACCGAUUUACACAUCGCGUGCCAGCAAACCGCUUCUCGUGACAGCGGGACAGAUGCUUCUCAGGCAAAUGCUGCCUUCACUGCAGGAAAUGCAGCGAGGCGGCGAGGCGCAUGCUCUGGUUCCUCUCUGACAAACGGAGGAUGCGUUAUUUCCGACUGUAAAACCCCUUCCUGGACCAGGAGCGCGCGCGGGACUGUUGUUGUCCGGGCUAUGCGUGCUGCCGCCCCAGCAGACGUCACUUUGAGAAGCUCUGCGAAGAGGGGUGAUGGCUGGUGCUGAGGCCGAUGUGUCUUCAGGGCAACUCAUGACAGUUAAAGAAGAGGAGGGGGAGUACAGCGGCAAAAACAAUAAGAAUCAAGUCACACUGCCCCUGCAUGGGUUGGGGGAUGGCAUUGCAGAAACUGGAACCACAGUUUUGGCCAUAGAGACCCAUCAAGAUGACAGUAAAGCUGAAGGAGAUGAGAUUGAGUAUGGCUACCCCAUCACUUGUGGAGACACCAGGGCUGUGCUGCUUUUCAAGAAGUUUGUGUGCCCUGGAAUCAAUGUCAGAUGCGUCAAAUUUAAUGACCAUCUCAUCAGUCCGAAGCAGUUUGUACACCUGGCAGGGAAAGCCACGCUGAAGGACUGGAAGCGGGCCAUCAGACUUGGAGGGGUUAUGCUCAGGAAGAUGAUGGACUCUGGCCAGAUAGACUUCUACCAGCAUGACUCCGUGUGCAGCAACACCUGCCGCAGCACAAAAUUUGAUGUGCUGAUCAACAGCACGCGGCCUCCUUUGGGGACCGUGGUGCAGCCGAGCCUGUCGUGUCUGGCUCUCGACCCUGUUGGAGGACAUGUGCCUCCCUUGACAGGAGAUUCACAUAAUGCAGCUGAGGUAGAGGAGCCCUUGGAGGAUAAAGUCAGUACAACGCCAGAGUGGAGUAACGGUCAGCUUCGAGUUGCAAACCCCACAACUGCUAGUAGACUUUCUGCAAAGCGAAAGAGGGCUGAAACCACUGACGGAGUUCUGAGUCUUUGGAGGGGUGUCGCUAACUCUGGCCUGAUGGGGGAGGUCCUGUCCAGUCUCCAGACAGAAGUAUUAACCACCCUUAAAGGAGUGGGGUGUCGCAGUGAGAAGGCUAGCCUGCAGGAGACAGAUGCCCUCAUACUUAAUUCCUUGAGUGAGAUGUUUGGGCUUCUAGACUCUGUGAAACAAGCUCUGGAUCUGAGGCGCAGGCAGACAGGAGAGAGCAGAGUGGCUAAUGGCUCGGGUGACGCCUUAUAUCAGAGGAAGAAGAGUUUUAACAGAAGCAGGUCCUAUGAAAAUAAAUUCUUUAAACGUGCUCGACCUCAUCCCAGAACCCAGAACUCCCCGUCGUCCAUAAGAAGAAGCACAGUGAUCCAUCCUCUCUCUGUUAGUGACGUAUCCGCCGCCCCUUACCCUCAGCUAGUCAACCAGACGUAUUCUUUCAUUCCCAAGUGUCAUCGUGCGGGGGCAAGCAGGACAGACAGGAGGGAUGGCCAAAGGGAGCAGGAGAUUAGUGAGGCAGGAAACCAGGAGGAGGCUCACCAGUUGGGACAGGAGAGCAGCGAGGAGGACGCCUCAGGGAUGCACAAUCAGCCUGGAUGGAGGACAUUAAAGCUUCUGGGAGACUCUCACAUUAGCUGUUAAGUGGAGGAGGAGACACAGGAUUCAUAUGGCACUAAGGAAAUGAUUAGAGAGAGAAAGACAUCAAAGACAUAAAAAAGUGGGACAGAAUUAUUCGGCGGGACUGUUUUUUGGGUAAAGUGCAAGGGACUAAAAGUAAAAAAGAAAAAAAUCAAGAAAACUUUGUUAAACUGUACUUUUUCUUUGAGCUUUGUUGUGCUGCAAUGGGGGAGGCUGCUGCUACGGGGCUGUGUUCCCAAACUUUAAGCAGGUGGUAUAAGUCAAAGUCACGGCCAAAUGAGCACCAGGAUCUAAGAAUUCUCAAGAGAGCACUGAACUGUAACAAGAUGGUCUCUUUCAUUGACCUUCGCCGACAGUGGUUUAGAAAUUGUGGCUGAGCGGUAUAUUAACAGGGAUUAGUGGAGUUGUGCUUCCAGCAGCCAUUUACAGAUGCAGAUUUAUGCACCUUGGACAUUGGAAAUUGAUGCUGGGUAUGUUUUCACUGGCCAUAUUCCAGUUAGAAGUCAGGAAUCCAGCCGGAUAUCUUCAAUAUGGUGCUAAAUGACUAAGAUAGCAACUCUUACAAGGUUAGAAAAUGUUGCAUCAAGCGUGUGCUGAUAGAAGUUGGAGAGUUCUGUGUUGUCAGGUGAUUUAAUGAAACAGACUGACAAAACAGUUUAUUGCUAUUGCACUUAUAUUAAUUUAAUGGGGCAGCCAUGUUUGAUUUUUAGGGUGAGGUAAAUAAAGUUCCUCAACAUUUCAGCUCUGCAGGUUAAAUCUGAUUAAAUAUGGCAGGUCCAGUUGGGAAUUAAGAAAAAUUCUCAGUUUAUUUGUAAACUGCUUUUGUUCUUACACUGAGAUGUUGUGAUACAAAGACAUUUUCUAAAAUGUUUUUCUGAUCUUUUUUUAAUCAUCUAUGUUUAUGAAAUAGGAUCAAUCAAUGGGAUCAAGUAUUGAGCCUGUCACAAUGUUUAACUACAGUUUUAAUAGUCUAACAACUGUGUUUUGGAUAAAAUAUACAAUCUUUUGCAGUCUCAGUAUGUCACUUUGAGCGUUGGAUAUUUAUUGUGACAGUUAUUUGGUUACUAUUUUUUGACAGGAAUAAACAGUAAACUGAGAUUAAGCUGCAUCGUAAAACACAGAGUUCUCUCUUGUCUCGUAGCUGUGUUGGAACUCUGUGUAAAUGUUUUUAUGUUUCAGGUCGAGGAUUCUAAAUUAAAAUCUGCCUAAGAGUAGAAAGUGUCUUUUUCCAGUUGUUUUUUUUUACAUUGUUUUCC